AUGCAGGAUUAUCACGAGUUGCGUAAGGAAAGAGAGUUUAAGAUGAGGAAGUUAGAGAUGAUAAAACAAAGACGAUCAACCCUUGACCCAAAAGGUAGGUUCUUGAGACGUAGAUACAAACAAUUUAAGCAAGACCAAACUCUUGAUACAUCUACUCCAGGGGUGUUGAGAUUGUCAGAAUCUGGAGACUUAAAGGUGCCAAGUAAAAGGAAGAAGAACUCUGAGAAGGAAGCAUUGGCAUUGGAUAAAAAGAAUCCGAAAAGGAGCAGAGGAAAUGAGGAGCAAAUUGCAUGUGAUUUUUGA